GAGUUCCAGCGCCCAUCCAAUUUUUCAUCCAUAUAUUUCCGGUAGAAGUUUGUGUUCCAUUCAUCUGCAGACAUGAGUGACCCAAAGUACGCUUAUCCUGCUCAACCUUAUCCUGCUCAACCUUACCCUGCUCAACCUUACCCUCCUCAAGGUUAUUAUCAAGGACCCCCGGUAAUGGCACCUCCACAGUACGCAGCUCCACCUCCCAAGAGAGAACCAGGCUUUCUUGAAGGAUGUCUUGCGGCUUUAUGUUGCUGUUGCCUCAUUGAUGAGUGCUGCUGCGACCCUACCGUCUUCUGUGUCUGUUAGCUCUAUAUAUUGUGUAUUUUCAGUGCAAUAAUCUCAUCUCUAUUUCAGAUGUGUGAUGAUAUUUCGUGCAUUAUGAAAAGCUUGAAGACUGUUCUUGUGGGAUCGUACGUGUUGAUUUUUAUGAGUAUAUUUUAUGUCAGACUUCUUGGAUGCUUAAUUUCUUAAAAUUUCGAUUUUUUCCUUUAAUUUCCCGUUCUUUAUACCAUUUUCCAUGGUGGAAGUGAUCUUCACUUCCCAUUUUCUAGCUUGGUUUCAAUAAAUUCCUCCCUAUAAC